AUGAAUGAUAAUGAAGUCGUUGCAAUAGAAUUAAGUACAACAUCAUCACUUAAGUCAAUCAUUAUCGCAUCAAUUUAUGUUCCACCAAAGGCCAAAAUAUGUUCCGAAAUCUUCCACAAGUUACACCAGUUAAAUAACAAUUGUAUGAUAGUAGGUGAUCUUAACGCUGCACUUCAGCAAAUGGGAUCCCGAAAAACAAAUGCAAGAGGAAGACAAUUACAAGAACUGUUAGAAGAGGGUUAUAUUUAUUGCAUCGAAGAUGAUAGUACAACAUACGAGAGAAACGAUUAUGAAGAAAAACUGGACUGGAUAUUAGCCAGUCAACCACUAUUGUCAUUUAUCUCAAAUGUUGAAACACAUCCGACAAUCGGUGCAUUUUCUGGCCACAAACCGUUAACCUUCGAAUUAUCUAUUGGAAUGGAACCAAAACCAACAUCGCCUCGAAUAUCAUUUAAUUUUAAAGCUGCUAAUUGGAUCAAAUUUAGAAAAAUUUUAAAUGAACAAUUACAACUAUGGGAUAUUACGCACACAAUCAACACAUCGGUAGAUAUAGAAGAAUACAAUUCAUUCAUUACAAAGAGCCUUUUAUCAGCAACAUACCAAGCCAUACCAAAAUCGAAACAAGCAAAUUGCAACUACACAAUCAGUGAAGCUACAAGAUGCUUGAUCAAAUUUAAGCAUCAACAUUACAGAAAAUGGAAAAAGACCGGUGAAAAUUCAGAAAAACAGCAAUAUUACAAAUACAAGUUACUUUUGACUAAUUCACUUCGAAACGAUCGUAAAGAUCAUUUCAAGAACUUUAUGAUGUCAUUAUGUCAAAAGAAAAUGUAUUCUGAAUCAGUAUGGCUAACAAAUCAUGAAAUAUAA